UUCCCUAUUACUAAAAUCAUCAUUUGUCCUCUUCUCUCUGCUCUCCACUGGUUUCACCUUUCCCAUACUCCCUCUCCGAAAUUUUGAUCAAACAGUUCCUUCUCCUCCGUCAAUUCAUAAUUCCAAAUGGGAAACUCAGAAACCCUAUUCUCAGUUUUCAUUCUCUUUCUUGUCAACUUCUCAUUAACCGCAUCAACAAUAACACCAACCUCGUCCAAAGACCAAAUAUCAUGCACAAUGUGCUCCGCCUGUGACAAUCCAUGUCAACCCCUACCACCGCCGCCACCUCCUCCAGUCUCUGAAUGCCCGCCACCUCCUUCACCACCACCACCAGCUGUUGUCUCUGACUGUCCGCCGCCACCUGUAACGCCUAGUUCAGGUACAUAUUACUACUCCCCGCCCCCGCCGCCAUCAGAGCCUACCUACAUUUACUCAUCUCCGCCUCCACCUGAGAAUAGUGGCGAUUCUGGCGAAUUUUAUCCGCCACCAAACUACGGGAACUAUGCAGCUCCACCGCCGCCAAACCCAAUACUUCCUUAUUUUCCGUUUUAUUAUUAUAAUCCUCCGCCAUCUUCUUUUGCUUCUCAAUCUGCCCGCUUGGAGAUGCAUUUUCCAAUUGCGCUUUCCAUUUUUCUUUUUGUUUCUUUUAUAUUCUCCUACUGAAAAUGAUUACAAAUAAUAACUGUUUAAGUCUUUUGGUUGUGUAGAAAAUAAAAUUUUUUUGUUAGAGUUUAUGAUAUAGGAAAGAUAUAGAGGAGAAGAAAUAAAGCUUGAAGAUGAUCAAAGAAAUAUCUCUUCAAAGCCACUCAUAUUGUAAUGUUUUCUCUUGAUUCUUGAUGUAUUCUUCAUUGUCAUGAUUUGUCAAAUUCAUACAAAAUUUUAUAACAUUUUCCGUUCCGAUCA